AGGGGCCCCGCGGCUGACUGUGCUCUCUGCAGGCUCCAUGGCGACGGGGCCAAACGCAGCAGCUGAAGAGAAGAUCAGCCUGAAUGUGGACCCCAGCACCAAGUUCUCUGUCUGGGUCUCCUUCUGUGAAAUCUACAACGAGAACAUCCACGACCUGCUGGAGGUGGCCCCCAGCGGAGCGCCCAGAAGGCCCGCUCUGCGGCUGUCACAGGACGGGAAGGGCAACGCCUUCAUCAGAGAUCUGCGCUGGGUCCAGGUGAGCAGCGCUGAGGAGGCGUACAUGGUGCUCCAGCUGGGGAGGAGGAACCAGAGCUUCUCCUCCACUCGACUCAACCAGCUGUCCAGCAGGAGUCACAGUAUUUUCUCCAUCCGGAUUCUGGGCGUGGAAGACGCUGACCCUGCUAGAGUCCGCACCAUCAGCGAGUUGUGUCUGUGCGACCUGGCUGGCUCUGAGCGAUGCGCAAAGACCCAGAAUAUAGGCGAGCGUCUGAAGGAAGCCGGAAACAUCAACACCUCGCUGCUCAUCUUAGGGAAAUGUAUCAAAGCUCUGCGGCACAACCAGCAGGCCAAGCUCCUGCAGCACGUUCCCUUCAGGGAGAGCAAGCUGACGCACUACCUGCAGAGCUUCUUCUGCGGCCGAGGCAAAGCCUGCAUGAUCGUCAACAUCAACCAGUGUGCCUCCAUGUAUGAGGAGACCCUCAACGUCCUCAAAUUCUCCGCCGUGGCGCAGAAGGUUCCCGAUCCUUCCGUCUCUCUUUCUUCAUUGGCCGACAAACGCUGGGUGAAAAUUCCAGAUCCAGACGGAUUCCAGGCUCCCUCUGCUGGGUUCCAUUCCAGGCUCAGAGGGGCCCCGCGGCUGACUGUGCUCUCUGCAGGCUCCAUGGCGACGGGGCCAAACGCAGCAGCUGAAGAGAAGAUCAGCCUGAAUGUGGACCCCAGCACCAAGUUCUCUGUCUGGGUCUCCUUCUGUGAAAUCUACAACGAGAACAUCCACGACCUGCUGGAGGUGGCCCCCAGCGGAGCGCCCAGAAGGCCCGCUCUGCGGCUGUCACAGGACGGGAAGGGCAACGCCUUCAUCAGAGAUCUGCGCUGGGUCCAGGUGAGCAGCGCUGAGGAGGCGUACAUGGUGCUCCAGCUGGGGAGGAGGAACCAGAGCUUCUCCUCCACUCGACUCAACCAGCUGUCCAGCAGGAGUCACAGUAUUUUCUCCAUCCGGAUUCUGGGCGUGGAAGACGCUGACCCUGCUAGAGUCCGCACCAUCAGCGAGUUGUGUCUGUGCGACCUGGCUGGCUCUGAGCGAUGCGCAAAGACCCAGAAUAUAGGCGAGCGUCUGAAGGAAGCCGGAAACAUCAACACCUCGCUGCUCAUCUUAGGGAAAUGUAUCAAAGCUCUGCGGCACAACCAGCAGGCCAAGCUCCUGCAGCACGUUCCCUUCAGGGAGAGCAAGCUGACGCACUACCUGCAGAGCUUCUUCUGCGGCCGAGGCAAAGCCUGCAUGAUCGUCAACAUCAACCAGUGUGCCUCCAUGUAUGAGGAGACCCUCAACGUCCUCAAAUUCUCCGCCGUGGCGCAGAAGGUUAUAGUCCUGAUCUCCAGGCCCCUCCCCAUCCUUCCCCGCUCUUCCUCCAUCCGAAGCACCGACAGGAGCCACCUGAGCAGCAGCAGCUCCUCCUCGCUGACCAGCUGGGAAACCAGCCUUCAGGAAGUUCAGGAGGAUGAGGAGGAGGAGGAGGAGGAGGAGGAGGAAGGCAGUCUCCUGGAGGAGCUCGUGGACGAGGAGAGCGAAGAUGAAGAUAAAAUCCUCAUCAGUAAAAGGCUGCAUCAGAGGCAGGUGGCGCUGUUCAGACAGCUGCAGGCCCAGCUGAAGAAGGAGCGGGCAGAGAACCUGACCCUGGAGGCCCGGGUCAGAGAGGAGAUCAGCAAAGAGUUCUCCCAGCUUUUCUCCAACAUGCAGAAUGACUACGAUGAGCGCCUGAACAGAGAGAGGGAGAUCCUGGAGGAGCGAGCUGAAAGGAGGCUGGAGAUCUUCAGGAAUCUGACUGAGAAGAUGUCCUCGGCUGCAUGCAGCUCAGAUGGACACAUGGAAGCUUUAGCUGCUCUUAACGAGGAGAGGACCCAGAGAGAGGAGAUGCUGGCUGCUCUGGAGUACCAGACUUUGGGAAAAGAGGAGGCCUUGGCCUGUUUACAGGAGGAGAGGAAAGCAAGAGAGGAGGCCGUCAUUGCUCUGGAGGAGCUGAGGAGGAAGAGAGACGAGCUGCUGGCGUCGCUUGAAGAGGAGCGACAAGAGAGAGAAAAGACCUCAGCUGCUCUGGAAGCAGAGAGGAGAAACUUUAAGGAGGCCAGCAGGCCGGAUCAGGACAACCAGCAGAAGAUGCUGCAGCAGGAAGUCGGAUCGCUGACCGACAAACGCCAGGAUCAGACGGAGAGCCGCCUGAAAGCUGCUGCAGCAGAGCUGGAAGAAAAAUCCAGUCAGAUCCAGAUCCUGACACAAGAGGUUCAGAGACUGCAGGAGCUGCUGCAGAACUCAGCUGGUUCUGCUGAACAGAACCAGAACCAGCUGAUGGAGGAAAUCUCUGAGCUCAGGAAGAGUCUGGCUGAGGAGAAGAAGAAAAACGAGACCAAGCAGAAACUAAUCCAGGAACUGGAGGCGGCAGAAUGCAGACAGCAGGACUCUGACCAGCAGAGGGAGCUGUUGGCCAACAAAAUGAAGGAGACACAAGCUGCUUUGGAGCAGAAGGUCCAAGAUCUCAGAGUCCAGCUGGACUCCCAGCGGGAAACCUCCCAUCAGGAAGCAGAUCAGCUGAGAGAGAAGAUCCAGGAGCAGGAAGAGACGCUGAAGGAGCUCAGAGCUCAGCUGGAAUCCCAACAUGAGAGCAGCAAGCAGGAGGCGGAGCGGCUGAGAGAGAAGAUCCAGGAGCAGGAAGAGACGCUGAAGGAGCUCAGAGCUCAGCUGGAAUCCCAACAUCAGAGCAGCAAGCAGGAGGCGGAGCGGCUGAGAGCGGCGCUUCAGGAGCAGACGCAGGCCUCGGAGCAGCAGGUGCUGCAGCUCAACGAGAAGCUGCAGGAGCAGAAGGUCUCAUUGGUGGAAGAGCUAGAGCAGAAACUGAGGGAAGAAAGAGCUGCAUCCAUUGAACGACAGGAGGAACUGAAGCAGAAGCUUAGAGAGGAGCAGGAAGCUGCUGAGAAACUCAGGAAGGACUUAAAAGAAGCUCAGCUCCACAGCGCCACCAUCUCAUCCAGCGCUGGACACCUCCACAGAGCAAACUCUGACCUCCAGAGGGAAAUUACAUCACUGAAAGAAGAGCUGGUGGCAACCAGAGAGGAGUCCUCUGAGUGCAAGAUGAUGAAGGAGAAGGACCAACAGAUGCAGGAGAAGCUGGCUCAGAUGGAGAAAACAUCUGCUCAGAGGGAAGCAGAGCUCCAGGAGAAGCUGCAGGAAGCAGAGCAGCAGGUCAGAGCUCUGCAGAAGAGCCUGCAGGAGGCAAAGGAGCGGCGUGAAGAGGAGGAGUGUCAGGCUGCUCAGGAGGUCCGGAGAAAAGAGACGGAGAGGCGGCGUGAGCUGCUGGCUGUGGCUCAUGAAGCCGUGGCUCAGAAGGACGCAGAGCUGGAGAAGAAGGCUGAGGAGAUCAGCAGACUAAAGGAGAACGCUCAGCAGGAAGCAGAGAAGGUGAAGAACCUCAGCCUGGAGCUUCAGAGGAAAGAAGACGAGCUCUCAGGGCAGCAGGAGAAGCUGGCCGACUACAAGAAGCAGAUCCAACAGGUCCAGAAGGAGGUCUGUAUUAAUGCACCCGCUGCUCUAAUCCAUCCAGAGGGAUUUUCAACCUGGAAAAUAUCCCUAAUCCCAACAACACCUGGAAUGGGAUUAGAAGCAGGUUCUGCAGGCUUCACCUCCCCUAAUGGCGCCUCUGGUCUGUUUUCUCUACAGGAAAAACCCGACAAUAAAUCUGAUCAGACGCUGCAGCUCUAUAAGAAGGCCUGUGAAGAGCUGGAAGCCAAGCAGAGAGUUAUAGAGGACAUGCGUCUGACUUUGACUGAGCAGGAGAAGACGGAGGAGCAGAUGGAGGAGGUCCUCGAAGGGAAGAUGGAUCUCAUCCAGGAGCUCUCUGCUGAGGUGGAGAAACUGAAGGGGAAGUUGCUGCAGCAGAACCAUGAAACUCCUCUUCAUGGAACCGUCGGGCCAUCAGAGGACCUCAGAUUAGCUAAAGAUGAAGCUUCACAAGCUCAGGAGAGCUUAAAGGCCUUCAUGGAGAAACAGCAGGCCGAACGCAAGAAGUGGCAGGAAGAGAAACUGUCUCUGAUCGGUCAGGCCAAAGAGGCUGAAGACAAAAGGAAUCAGGAAAUGAGGAAGUUUGCAGAAGACAGGGAGCGUUGCUGUCGCCAGCAGAACCUCUUAGAGUCCAAGCUGGUGGAGAAGGAGAAGGCCAUGGAGAGCUGGAGGAAGGAGAGGGAUGCUCUGGUUGCAGCUUUGGAGGUGCAGCUGCAGAAGCUGCUGUCCAGCCAAGCAGAGAAAGAUCAGCUCAUUAAGGAGCUGCAGAAGCAGAGCUCAAAGCAGCCAGCAGAGGUCAGUGUGGCGCCACAGUUUCCGUCCUCAAUGUUCCUUCUCUGCUCAGUCAGACUCAAACAGAGAACAGCACCUGAUGAUGUUCAGAGUUUGGUGACAGUUAAUGAUGGCGAGAAAUCUCCCCGAGUGGCAGAGCUGCAGGCAGCUCUAAAGGAGAAGGAGGCAGAGAUCCUGCUGCUGAAGGAAACGCUGCAGGCCUCAUGUCACAUUUUCAAGAGGAGUAAACGGAGAACACCACAAGAGGAGGAAGUGGAGGCAGAGAACCUAAGGAACACCAAAACCAAACUCACGCCGAAGCGGACCCCACAGAAAGAAGAGAGCUCCUCCCCGGCGCGUCGCCAUGACUCCAAGACCACCGUCCGCAGCAGGAAGGACGGGACGCUGCAGAAGAUCGGAGACUUCCUGCAGAGCUCCCCAACACUGCUGGGCUCUAAAGCCAAGAAGAUGAUGAGCCUGGUCAGCGGUCGCCUAGAUGCAGAUUCAGCAGCUUCUUCUUCCUCCCACAGUCUGAGGGCAAAGAGGAACAGAAAGAAACUCUACCGGCCAGAAAUCUCCUGCCCCAUGGAAAUGCCCCCCCAUCCAAUGAUCAACCAGGAGAGGGACGACAGCGAGAGCGACGAUCAGAUCAUCAAACGGCGCCUGCGCUCCAGAGUGGCUAAAUGCUAACUCUGCUCCGCUGCGUUUCUGUAAUACUGUUUCAAUGAAGCUGCUUAUGAUUAUUUAGCACAUUUUCUUUCUUUAAUCACUUUAAAAGCUGAACAUUAGAUCAUCAGUGGGAGAAUCUCCAUAAAUAAGAUCAACACUAAAAACCUCCUGCUGGACGUUUGGUUUCAGUCUUAGAUGCUAAUGAUUUUAUUCCACCAAGUAUUUACGUUUAUUUUUCUUUACUUCGGAUCAAAAAGCUCCGCCUUCAUGAAGCACUGGCACUCAUGCUGCUUAUAUAUGAAGUGCAAUCAUUAUGAUUAUUUAACCUUUCCUUCCUAGAGAGCUGCUAUAAAGUUUCCAGAACUAUUAGUUCUAACAUAGUUUGAUCUUAGCGGACCAACAUCAUCGUUUGCUUCACAGACCCCUGAGGUUCUGACUUAUGUUCUGAGAAACGUUUCAUUCCUUUUUUCACCACAGUCCUCUAGAGCAGGUGGAGCUGCGGUUUCAUCCCCAUCAGAACUCUAUUGGACCUUCCUGUAGAGCUUCCCUCAGAUCACCAGAAAACAUUUUGGUUCUAAACCGGGUCAGAACCAAGGAGUUCUGAGCUCCAGGUUUCUGCGCCGUCAGGAGGUCGGCCCGGUUUCAUCCAGAACCUUUUAUUGGUCUGAGCCCAGCCAGCUGCACUGACCCAGCUUUAAGCCGACGCCCACAGCAGGGUCUGCUGCUAUCAGAACACGUUUCACCAUCAGUGUAACCUGCUGGUUGCUCUACAAAAUAAAAGCUGAAUAUUUCUGAAAUAAAAGCUUGUUUGUUUUUUACUUCCUUGACUUGAUCCGUUUGGACCUCCUCGACCAUGGCUCCUGCUCGGUUGGGAAUAUUUCCGAUGGUUCUGACUGGAUUACAGCUUUAUUUCCUGCUAACUAUAAACUCAGAAAAACAUGACGCUCCUUCCUGACCUUUGACCCGCUUCUUAAAAUAACUGGACCUGUAAGCUGUGAAAGUUCUGUCCCGGUCGGAUCCAAAGCUGCUCCUCCAUUCAGCAGCUUCUGUGUUUUUAUUGAGGAAUCAUACAUGAAAAUUAAACAUCAACAAUACUC